AUGACAUUUGACGGUGUACCACCGAAAAUAAUUGCCAUGAUCAAGGCAUACUACCGCUCCACCACUACGCGGAUCCUAGUGCACAACAACCUCUCAGAACCCUUCGCUAUCCGGUCAGGCGUUCGACAAGACUGUGUCUUGAUGCCCAUCCUCUUUAACUACGCCAUUGAUUGGGUUCUCGGGAAGGUCCUACAGGAAAAUGACGGUAUUGAUAUUGCACCUGGGCGCGGGUUGACUGACCUCGACUAUGCCGAUGAUAUUGCUUUACUAACUGCAAGCUUUGGCGAUCUGCAGUCUAUGGUGUCGCGGGUGAAUGAGGUCGCGAAAUCGGUCUUGUGUCUAUAA